AUGCCAACCUAUGGUGCGUGUGGCAUCAUAGUUGGCAACGAAACAGACCUUUCCAUUCAUGUUCGGUCAGUCGUGGACUUAUACCCCUUCGGAGUCGAUACGCCAGAUUAUACUCUCUUUGAUAUUAUCUUCACAGAUGAUGUUUUCGUCGACUAUAGUGCUUCUGGCGCCCAGCCAACGCGUGGGAUUCCAGCUUUCGUCGAGAGUCUCUCGGAGUCUCGAACAGCACAGAAUUACACCACUAUGCAUCAUUUUGGCAGUCAAAGCGUAAAUAUCUCAACGACAGUCAACGCUUCAGUGGCCACGUACGUGAUUGCUACCUUUUUCGGCCACGGCGCUCGCGAAGGUCAAAUAUAUACGUCAUACCAAACCUUUUUGGAUGACCUUGUUUUUGAUGGCAAGCAAUGGAAGAUAUACCAGCGGAAGUUGCAAGUUUUUGGUCAGGCGGGUAACCCUGAUGUUAUUUUCGGCUAA